AUGAAGCAUAAAAAUAUAUCACCUAUUUAAAAAAUUAUUAUUAUGAACGCAUCAGACGAAAAGGCAGGACCGCGGUCACUUGGUGCGAUGACCAACUAGAAGUGAACUAUAAUGCAAAGGAACACGCGCGUUAACGCGAUCACUCAUUAUGAUUUCCGUGCAUGUAGUCAGCGGUGGGUGUGUGCGCUGUGUGAGGUAACAGCGCUGUUACUAUUUUUAGAAACAACGUUGCGGUAGUGGAAUCAAUCAAAGUAGGAUGGCAUUCACUGGCAAGUGCUGCUGAUGCUUUCUUGUGCCUCCUGCACAUCUCCUGCACAUCUCCUGUACACUUGACCACAAUGGGACAGGAUGUUGCCUGACGUGUUUUCAGCUCAUCUGAUGUGUGCCUGUCGUUUUGCAGUGGGGGAGAACACAGGUGGAUGGCAAACUUUUUCACCAUGGAAUCUGCACGACUUCAUGGCGACAACACGUUGCCCGCUUUUGGAAGCCGGUGUAGUUUUUUCUUGCAGUUCCUUCACGUUGCAUUUCGGAAUGCAAAUGGUGACUAUUCAAUGACAAACAACUAAAAGGAGACUGAAACGCGAGGAAGGUGCACGCCGUUCCCGUUUUUUGAUCUCAUCUGUCAAGUGUCAAAAAUAUAUAUAUUUUCUGGCUCUUAUGGGAAUUAAGCACUCGUCCCGUUGCAUGCUCCUCAGGAGAAAAAUGGCGGAUUCUGAGAGCAAUGAGCAGCCACAGCCGCAGCAGGUCCGCAUCAUUCCAUCACAGUCGGCACAGCCCACCUCUUUGCCAAAGCCUGUGCCUUCCAUCCAGCCAACUCCGAGACCCGCUCUCCCGCCACACACACCACAUGCCGCCAGCCUUCCCAGCUGCCCUGGACGGGGCAAGAUGGCAAAGCUGUGUAACCCUGAGGAGAUGACCUCGAAGGACUACUACUUCGACUCUUACGCCCACUUUGGUAUCCAUGAGGAGAUGCUGAAGGACGAAGUGAGGACCCUCACCUACCGCAACGCCAUGUACCACAACAAGCAUGUGUUCAAGGAUAAAAUAGUAUUGGAUGUGGGAAGCGGCACUGGGAUCUUAUCCAUGUUUGCAGCCAAAGCAGGAGCAAAGCACGUGUAUGGGAUUGAAUGUUCCAGUAUAUCUGAAUACUCUGAAAGAAUCAUCAAGUCCAACCACCUUGACAGCGUGAUUACCAUCAUCAACGGAAAGGUGGAGGAAGUGGAGCUUCCCGUGGAGAAGGUUGAUAUCAUUAUAUCCGAGUGGAUGGGCUACUGCCUCUUCUACGAGUCCAUGCUCAACACCGUUAUCUUUGCCAGGGACAAGUGGCUGAAACCAGGUGGAUUAAUGUUUCCUGAUCGAGCCUCUUUGUACGUUUUGGCCAUCGAGGACAGGCAGUAUAAAGACUUCAAAAUACAUUGGUGGGAGAAUGUGUAUGGCUUCGACAUGACUUGUAUCCGCAAUGUGGCAAUGAAGGAGCCUCUGGUUGAUGUCGUGGACCCCAAACAAGUGGUGACCAACUCCUGCCUGGUCAAGGAAGUGGACAUCUACACGGUGAAGACUGAGGAUCUUUCUUUCACAUCAGCAUUCUGCCUGCAAAUCCAGAGAAAUGACUACAUUCAUGCACUGGUCACCUACUUCAACAUAGAAUUCACCAAAUGUCACAAAAAGACUGGUUUCUCCACUGCUCCCGAUGCUGCAUACACACACUGGAAGCAGACCGUGUUCUACCUGGAGGACUAUCUGACCGUGCGAAGAGGAGAGGAAAUCUCUGGCAGCAUCGCAAUGAAGCCCAAUGACAAAAAUAUUCGGGACUUGGACUUUACCUUUGAGCUGGAUUUCAAAGGACAACUGUGCGAGGCAGCUAUAUCCCACGACUACAAGAUGCGUUAGAUUUUGCGGUGAACCCUGCCGUCGAGGGAAUGGGACUCCUGAGGCGAAGAGGAAGCCAAAGACCCUUCCUGGAGCGCAGACUCAGAAAUGACACAUGAGGUUAGAAAGCUGGGGCAGGCUGUAAGCUGGAGGUGGCCCCACUAACAUCUCACUGUAAGACAGGAAGCCAUUGGUGCAGACUGUUAGAAACAACUCUGAAUGUAAUACUGUAAAAGACAACAUGUUCUAACUUGUGCAAAGUUAGUGCUUCUUGCUGUACAUGUAAGUGAAAUGGAGUGAUGUACCAGUGUUUUUCGUUCAGUGGGUGAUUUCCACCAUAACUAUGGACCUCAGUGGGGAGUGGGGUAGAUGUCAAAACUAGUUGACUGUAUUGUGGUUCAUGAACUGUUGAAUAUAGGCUCAGUAAUGCUAGAAAUAGUGUCUGAGCACCACAGCCAAGGACAAACCUGCUGCAGGUACUUUAUGUCCAUCCAGCAGGUCUACUCAAUAUGUGUGUUAUGUGAAAGGUAGUUGUUGUUUCGUAGUUGUUGUACUAAUGCCAUGUGUGAUGAAUGGAGUUAAAGGUCCAUAUUAUGUGCCCGAUGUUGUCAGUUUGUGCUGGCAGUGUUUGACCUGCCAUUUUAAUAGGUACAGUGUUCCCUCGUUUAUCAUGGAGGAUAAACGAAAUAGCCCGCAAUAAGUAAAAUCCACGAAGUAGCCAAUUAUAUUUCCAUCCAUCUAUUUUCUUGCCAACUGUAUUUUUCUACAAUUAUUAUGUAUGUUUUUAGGCUGUUAAAGCCCCUCGCCAUACACUUUAUACACUUUUCUCAGACAGGCAUUAACAUUUUAACACAUUUCUCUCUUGUUUAAACACUCUCAAAUGCAAAUUUCGUUUGAAUUUUAAUGAUCAACUUACGAGAUUGGACACAAGAAAUUAAGUGACUCACGCGUAUUCCCUCCUCUGAUCCUGGCUUGUCCUGGCACCGUUAGGCUGUAGCCUUUUUGUAUCCUUGUUAGAACAUAUUCUUCCCUGUCGUCCUCCAUGAACCCAAGAUUCGUUUCCAGUAUUCCAGGCACCCUACAGCCGCGUAACUUCUGCCUUCAUUCAACAUGUAUAAUCGCUAGCAGCUAGCGACCAUACAAUAGGAAACAGGCAGUCCUGCAUGAAGGAGAUUAAUUGACAAUGGUCUACAGCCAAUCAGAACGCAGAACACAAUGGCUGGGUUCUCCCUUAGCCAAUCAGGACUUUUGUGGCUCUAUAUUUACUGAGACAAACUGGAAACGUCUUCAACUCUCACAUGAGUAUACAACACACCCUACUGGUAGCAGUAGUAAAUACAAUAACAGACACAUGCAACAGAGCACCAAUACACGCUGUUAUUUACGCUGUAAAAAAAAAAAAAAACGUGCAAGUUGCACUUAUAAAAAAUCUGCGAAAGAGCAAAUCCGCAAAAGGUGAACCGCGAUGUAGAGAGGGAACACUGUACAUGUGUAUAAUCUAACAGGAUCCAAUACAAGAGCUUCAUCAAAUUUCAAUAUCACCCUUUACGCAGUGUGAUGCAGUGCAGUUAUAAAGCACUGAGUAUUAUUGUUUUUGCGAAGGCAUUUUUUAUACAGUACAGCUCUUGUAAUGGAUCUCCACUUAAGGAGUUUUUGUCCCCUGCUUAAUGCCUUUACCAAGUUCCCAAGUGUUCCUAAUUCUAUUCUGCAAUGCUGCAUCUACAAUUAUUUCCUUUCACCUGUAAAAACUAUUCAGUUUACAUUCUGUUGAUUAGAUGUUUCAUACACUUUUAGUUAGCCAUUUCAAACCGUUUAGGGUUACAGUAAUGGAAAUGUGAACUCCUUAAAAAAAAAAUAUCUUGUGACACAGGAUUGUAUGCUCAUGCUUUAGGUAUAUGCUUUCAAGCUGCAUUAUUUAGGAAGGUAAGUGAUGUGAGAUGUACAGUGGAGCCUUGGUUACCGUCCGCUCCGGUUACUGUGUUUAAUUUACACCAGAAUUUUUCCCCGUGUGCGUACAUUCUCCAGUUAGCGUACAAUAUGGCACAAGUCUUGUUGUGUUGUCACUACAAAGCAACCGGAACCCCAAGUCAGCUGCGUCACCCGUCAAUGAUGUCAUCAGCAGUUGACUCUCAAAAAUGUUAACAUAAAACACGUUUUUAUUAGGGAUGCUCCGAUUAGGGUUUUAUGCUGCCGAUUCCGAUACCGAUCAUCCAUGAGUGAGAUUGGCUGAUCGGCUUUGAUUGCAAAACUAUAAAAACAUGUUAUGUGUUAACGUUUUGGGCUUUCUGGAGUGGAUUGAUUGGACUUGCAUUAUUUCUUAUGAUUCAGGUAUCGUUCAUUUCAGUUAAGAGCCCGACCUUGAAUUAAUGAAGCUAACCAAGGUUCUACUGUACUUUUUGAGAUGCUUAUUAAAUACAUCAUUUAGAAAGCAUGCAAGCAAUGAUACUAACAAUUAUUAAAGGGAAAUGAUCUGCCUUCUGAAUGCAAACAGACAUUGCAUACAUUGUUAGAAGUAACCUCUUAAGGGGUUUUAAUCAUUUACAGGUCAUAACAUGUUUUAUUUAUUUACAACUCUGGAAUGUGACUAAAAAAACCCUCAUACAAGAAAAAUUCUAACAAGCUGGCAUGUUUUUCCAUGUGUAUUCUACAACUUUUGAGUUUAGAUAUUAUGUUCCAUGUCUUGUAAUGACAAUAAACUGCAAUGUGUAAAACCACACAACAAUGACCAGGAGCUUUACAAACAAUA